GGUCUAAAAAGAACACAUGUACAAUGAUUAUAGAGAUGUUAAUAUUUCUUGUAACAUUAUUAAUUGUAUAUUGUAUUUAUGUACAUAAAAGUAUACAUUAUUUGUAUAAAAAACGUGGUAUAAAAUACAUCCCUGGUGUACCAAUUUUUGGUAACGCAUUAAAAAGUACGUUCAGAAAGAAACACUUUGUUGAAGACAUUGAUGCAGUUUAUAAAAAAUUCCCAGAUGAAAGGUAUAUUGGUUACACACAAGGGACAACGCCGAUAAUACUCAUCAGGGACCCCGAAAUUAUAAAGAGCAUUACGGUGAAAGAUUUCGACCAUUUCGUCGACCACAGACAAUUCCUUAGUGAAGAUGUAGAGCCUUUGAUCGGUUCCAGCCUUUUCUUCAUGAAAGGUGAUAAAUGGAGGGACAUGCGAACCACAUUAAGUCCUGCUUUCACUGGAUCCAAGAUGAGACUCAUGAUGCCGUUUAUGACAGAAAUAAGCGAAAGUAUGGUGGAAUACUUGAAAGAUUACGCAUUAGAAGAUAUAGACGUGUGCGAUUUGAUGCGUCGCUACAGCAACGACGUUAUCGCUUCCUGCGCCUUCGGAUGCCAAGUGAAUUCCGUCAAAGAUAAAGAGAACGAAUUCUACAAAACUGGACAAUCUCUAUUCGAAAUGACAACUUUACAGAGAACUAAGCUUAUUUUAUCAAUGUAUUUCCCUAGUUUGGCAAAGAAUUUGGGCCUCAAAGUUUUUAAAGAAAAAGAUAUUAGUUUCUUUCAAAAUCUAGUAAAAGAUACUAUGGAAUAUAGAGAAAAGAAUAAUAUUGAAAGACCGGAUAUGAUACAACUUCUAAAGCAAGCAUCUCAAGUUUUUAUAUUCUUUUUCGCCGGUUUCGAAACAUCUGCAACGACUCUCAGUAUGACCAUCCAUGAACUGGCUGUUAACCCUCUCGUACAAGAAAAAUUGUACGAAGAAAUUAAAAUAUUUCAAGAAACUAAAGGCAAAUUGUUGUACGAGAAUAUAAAUGAUUUGAAGUAUUUAGACUGUGUUAUAAAUGAAACAUUACGAAAAUGGUCACCAGCUUUAAUAAUGGACAGAGUUUGUACAAAGCCAUAUGAAUUGCCACCACCGCGUGAAGGAGGUAAACCGACCAAAUUAAAUCCUGGAGAUUACGUUUAUAAUAUGGUAAACUCAAUUCAUCUUGAUCCAAAACAUUAUCCUGAACCAGAUGUAUUCCAACCUGAAAGAUUUUCCGAAGAAAAUAAACACGAAAUCAAGCCAUUUACGUUUACGCCUUUUGGUAUUGGUCCACGUACUUGUAUCGGAACUAGAUUUGCAAUACUGGAAAUAAAGGUGUUAAUUUAUAACAUCGUAUUAAACUUUAAAAUAUUAAAAUGCGAAAAGACCACAGACCCAAUACUGUUGCAACCACACGAGUUUAAUAUAUCUGCCUUAGGAGGGACAUGGGUGAAAUUGGAAGCAAGAACACAACAAUGAUGUUUUAAGUAUAAUCUGAGAUUCAAUGGUUUUAAAAUAAAUAAGUAAAUACAUACUAUUUGCAACUUGUAAGA